CAGGCGGCACGCGUGUUAUUCACGCACGGGUCGAAACAAUGAGUACCCCCCUCCCCUGUUUACCGAUUACAGGCGUGAAUAUAAUACACAGGCGCGUGUUAACAAUGCGAGGCACGGAUUGCGUUGUUUAUCUAGAAAAUUUUUUUCGCGUUAGGAAGGUCCUCGGUUUUAAUAUUUUUUUGCCGGUCGCGCGCGUGCGCGCGGGCUUUCGCGUUCUGUCGGGAAAACGCCGAGAAGGUGGGACCGCGCGACAUAUUACGCGCUCAGCGGCUGCUAAAACAAUGUAUAAACCUAAAACGAAAAAAAAAAUGUAUAGGUAGUUAAAUAAUAGAAAAAUACGCCUAGUAAUGCGCGUACCUACAUGCAGCUGUACCUAACCGCGUACACGGGCCGGCCGGCGGCGUCAGUCAAAAGCGCGCGCGCCUAGUAGGAUCGUCGUCGUCGUCGAAUAGCUGCAGGUACCUAUUACCUAACACGCCGUCGCCGAACCGCGCUCGAUAUAUUUCGCGACAACGAUCGAUAGGAUUUUGCGCCGAUCGAUAGAUCCACAGAAAAUCGCUUUGCCCGCGUCGAUCGUCAAUCAAACUCCUAUACUAUAAUAUUAUAUAAAUCGCAAUCGUAGCGCAUUUCGUCGACGACGGCCCAAAAUGAAAACGACACGUCGACGACGGAGCCGGAGACCGUAAAACGUAUUAUAUAUAAUAACGUCAUUUCGUCGUCGUAUACACGAUAUAUUAUGUGAUACCCCGAGUUCCCUGACUUGACCGAUCUUGAUGUCAUUGUUAUCUUAAUGCUGUUAAUAUAAUAUCGUCGGCAAUCGAUCCCCGUGCGUGCCGGCAUUCCAGAGCGAGCGGAUGCUGCCCGAGGCGUCGUUAAUCAUCUGCACCGCAGGCCAAAAGUCCUAUAUCGCCGCCGACCACGAUGACCGUCAGCUACCAGUCCAAGGUGUCGUCGUCGAGCAGUGCGGGAUUCACCAAACUGUUGUUCCUGUGGCGGGGAAGUCUGUACCAGGUACUGUACAGAGAACUGCUGUUGUUCAUGGUGGCUUUCAUCAUCAUCAGCGCCCUGUACCGGAACGCGUUCACCGUCGAGCAAAAAGAAAUAUUUGAAAAAAUAGUUCGAUAUUGUGAUGCCUUUAUUAGUCAACUACCAUUGUCGUUCAUCUUAGGAUUUUAUGUGACAUACGUGGCCAAAAGAUGGUGGAACCAAUACUUGGCCAUUCCGUGGCCCGACAGAGCAAUGCACGUAAUAUCAAUGUAUGUAGAGGGCAAUGACGAUUAUGGUUGUAUGAUUCGAAGAUCGCUAAUGAGAUAUUUGAUUUUGACAUUGAUUUUGGUGUUGCGUUCUAUCAGUUCGCCGGUGAAAAAACGUUUUCCGACAUUGGAACACGUCGCUGAGUCAGGUUACAUGACCGCCGAUGAGAUCGAAGUAUUUUAUUCGCUCCCCAAGGUAGAAUUUAAUACUUAUUGGGUGCCUUGCACUUGGUUCAUUAGUUUGUUGAAAGAGGCGAGAAAAUCCAAGCGAAUAGAAGAUUCUGAAGGAGUCAAACUCAUAAUGCAGGAAUUUAUCGACUUCAGAUCAAAAUGCGGUUAUCUGUGGAGUUACGAUUGGAUCAGCAUACCUUUAGCGUAUACACAGGUCGUUACAAUUGCAACGUAUUCGUUUUUCAUUACUGCCGUUGUCGGGAGGCAAUACGUGGAAGGAUCAAACAAAAUGCUGCAAACAGAACUCGAUGUGUAUAUACCGGUGUUUACAAUUGUACAGUUUUUAUUCUUCAUGGGACUAUUAAAGGUAGCUGAACAAUUAAUAAAUCCUUUUGGUGACGACGAAGAAGAUUUUGAAUUAAAUUAUUUAAUCGACAGACACACAAAGGCAGCCUUUUUGGCGGUAGAUUAUCUUGCUAAAAUUAAAAUUCCUCUGGUCAAAGAUAUUUACUUCAACGAAUUGGAAGUAUCGAUUCCUUACACGAGCGCGGCCGCGCCGUUCAAGAAAAAAACGCAUAGAGGAUCAGUUCACCACAUGCCUGUUCCCGAAGACCAACACAUGAUGUUCUUACCCGAAAUCAUAGAAGAGGUAGACCCCGACCAAUCGAAAACCAGAAGGACUUCAACGUGUUCGAACAAAAGUGAAGGAAAAAUCAACUCGAACUGCAGGGAUAAAUUCAAUGAUUCCUUUGGCAUUAUGCAGGUAGUGCAACAGCGGUCGACGAUGAGCGGCGAAGGACCAAAUUCAAAUGCGCCGACCAAACGCGGGGGCGGCGGCGGUUUCAAACAGUUGGCUCAACGGAAGUCGGACGCAACACAACCGGUCGUACUGGUGUCGAUGACCCGACGGCCGAGCUGCAAUUCGGGACAGUGGAAGCCGUUUAAGUGGAAAUCGUCGGACCUCGGCGAACAGCGACGCGCUUCCAUCGGAGGCGGUUCGCGCCCGGAACUGCAGCAUCAGCAGACGAACGUGGAUCUGCAGAGAAGUGUCCGACCGGAAACGGUGACGAUAGUACCGGAAGGACGGGUCAACGCAGCGUUCGUACCGGACAGACUGCAGAACGACGUGUGAUCCGGUGACAGCACGGUCUCUGCGGGAACAGCCACGCGGUGCAACCCCGCUAAUAUCGGAGGUCCCUUUAAAAAGUUACUAUUUAUAAGUCAUAUACAUAUAUGUUAUGAUGCAUUAAUUAUAUUUCUUCCCGGCAUUUGAUAAAAGCGAAAAUGAGUUUUAAAAAGAAAACAUCUUUACUAUAGAGGUAUCUAUCAUGACUCAACGUGUAUUCAUUUAAACCGAGACAGGAUAAGAAAAACAGGUACGAGUAAUUUUUUAAAACGCUAUUUUUCUCGACCAUCAGCAUUACGUCCCCUCUAAUUCCGGUAUUGCGUGUUACUCGACAGUGCCGUAUUUAUAAAGGAUUGUCGUCGACUUUUUUGAUACCAAAUCAUCUCAACCAUAAUUUAAUAACUCCGAUUCCGGAUUAUACCUUAGAUAAUGUAUAUAUACUUAUUAUUUCGGUAACAUGUGUAUAGUUAUCCGAGUUAUCGCACAACGGGUCAUACACUAACCAUUUUUACAAAUCCACAGGUUUUUUACAGUGUUCAAUUAUUAUUGACCAUCCUCGCGCCCCAUGAGAAAUAUCAGCGGCGUAGCUGCAGGUAUAAAAUACCUAUAAUAUUCUUAUGGAAUUCUUCAGUGCUGCGGGUCGCGACUCUUCAAUCUAAAAAAGUACAGUACAUUCUUACGUUAAAAAAAUUCCUAAAUACGCUACUGACACUUCGGUAUUUAUUAAAUCGUUUUUUUCAAAUGUUUAAUAAAAUUAAAUAAAGUCCUUUUGAACUGAAAUGUUAAAGAGUAUACAUUUUUACUCUCGAGCAAUUGACUUAAAUUAAAACUUUACCAAAUAGAUCUUUCUGAACAGGUCGUUAGACAGAACUCUUUUAUUUUAAACCAACAAAAUGUCAUUAAAAUUCCGAAUUAUUCUACUAUGUAGAAAAUAAUAUAGUACCUAGAUGCAUUUAUUUUAAGAGAGACUAAUUAGUAGUUACGUAUUAGUAGGUAAUAAUUUAUUCGAAUUGUUCAUAGUCCUAUUUUUGACAUAAUCUUUUCACCUGUAAUUUUAAUCGUGUACAAUUAUUUUUUGUCCAAUUCAUCAUUAGAUUAUACUGAAAAAAUUACAUUAUAUAUAUAAUAAAUGUAACGAUAUAAUCAUAAAUAAUAACAUAUUACGUGUUAACAGAGUAGCCAUCGGGGUUGUGUAUAAGGAUUUUAUUUUUCCACAAGUGCUGUUUGACGAACCUUUUCUGUAAGCCAUAGUAUUUGAAAUCCUCCCAGACGAGUCAUGACGUCUUCGCCUCUACAGUAAGAAUAGGUAUUCAUAAUAAACUUUACUUAUAAACUCGGCGUCUUACUGACGUCUUGCCCAGCAUGAGUUUACAGAACAAUUUUAAAUGCCUCGUACCAUUAAAUUAUUUUAUUGUAAAUAUUUAUAUAUAAUAUAUUAUAACACGGUAAUAGUUGUAGAUCGGUUUACUUUUAUACAUAUAUUUAUAUACGUUUCAUGCGUAUUGUAUAAAUAGUAUGUACUGUGACACUGUGUAUACACCUUAUCGUUAUAAAAAAAAAGUAUAUAUUUUAUUGUAAUAUUGUACAUUGAAAACUCGUCUAGCAAGCGAAACGAUGACAAUCAUUAUGCCGAUUUAUAUGUUUCAAAAAUUAUAUAUGAUUUACACAUCAUAAUAUUGCACAAUUGCCUACCUAAUAAUAUAAGCUUAUUAUUAUAUUUUGUUAGUAAUAUAUUAUUAUGUUGUAUUAUGAUAAUAUAAGAAUUCUAUGUAAAAUAUUUCAAUAUAUAUAUAUUUUAAUAAAUGCAUAGUUUACCCGUUACGUGCUUAUAUAUAACC